AUGGAAGCUUAUUCAUCGUCUUCUUCUUCAGCACUAGCACGAGGGUUUAAGGACUCAAGGUCUUCCCAGGCGUCGCUUCAUUCGGUACGUAAGCCAAUGGGAAAGCCAUGGAAGAAGCCGGCGGUUUCACCAUUGCAACCGAUACCGCCCAAAGUUUACAAGGUAGACCCUAUGAACUUCCGGGACUUGGUUCAAAAACUUACCAGUGGUGCUGCAGAAAUCGUUCCGGCCGACUCCCUGUCUCAACAUCAAACGCCGCCGUCUCGUCUUCAAAGAGCGGCACCGCCACCUCCGCCUCUUCAGGUUGCACCACCGCAGCCAUUGCAUAUGAUUUCUGGGUUAUAUCAUACGAAGCCACAGAACCAAAAUCUGCGAUGA